AUGCUAAAGACAUCGCCGUCCGCAAACACGUCCCCGAACCCCCUCCGCUAUGCCACGUCGCGAUCGCCGCACACAUCCCCACGACAAUUGACCGACAAGCUGCGACACUCUCCUUCCAUGAUGUCCCCCGCGGUGCGCGACACCAUGCAGUCUACACGAUCGCCGCCAAUACGCGAGCCUACACAAAAUGCUGACACUGCCAUUGCUGCGUCAAAACAGCCGCCAGUCGCAGCAACAGCAACAGAUGAAUCGCAAACAGCGCAUCAACUGCCGACAACUGCCGCGGUGCCUGAUGAGCUCUUGCGAUCUCCAGUCAAGCGACGCAGCGACGACGCCAAUGAGGUCCCCAACGCUGCCGACACACUUGAAAAGGUCGAUGGGGCCGAUCAGGACGACGAGCUACAGCGUUCCAAGCGCCACCGCGGCGAUGUCCUGCCUGAGAAGGUCCUACCAUCUCGCUACGAUUUGUGCCCUGUCGACGACAUGGUUGAACUCAUUGCCCACAUGCUCUCCGAACUCAUCAGCACAAACGAUGCCAUCCGAACAUCAACAGGAGGCUUGACGCGCUUUCACUCUAGAACUGCGCCAGGAAUUUCCGUCCGCGACUAUCUUCAUCGUCUCGCCAAGCACGCCACUAUUUCGACUCCGCUUCUGCUCUGCAUGGUAUACUACAUCGACCGCCUCUGUGCUAUGUACCCAGAAUUCACCAUUAAUACCCUCACCGUUCAUCGAUUUCUCAUUACCGCUGCCACUGUGGCCGCAAAGGGCCUGUCCGACUCAUUUUGGAAUAACACCACCUACGCACGCGUUGGCGGUGUCCGCUUGGCCGAGUUAAAGCUUCUUGAGCUCGAGUUUUUAUACCGCGUAGACUGGAGAAUUGUCCCAAACCCCGACGUUCUCGUUGCAUACUACCAGGGUUUGGUCGAGCGCACGCCAGGAUAUACGCUAGAAACAGACGGAGAUGGUGAAUCUAGUAACGACAGUGCACCAUCGAGCAACACCAUGGAAGACUCCAAAGAGUAG